GUCAUUUAUCAGGGGAGGAUGGAGUCUAUUAUCUACCCCCGCCUGGCAUUAAUGGCAGUACAAAUGAAAGCACCGGGAUCAAAGACCAUCCAGCGAUCGUUAUGGGGCCACCAGAGAAUGGACGAGUACCGAUUCUGAGCCUUACCAGUUUCAACGGCAGGACACUUGAAGAGAAAUGGAAAGAUGCUAAGGACUUUGCCAAGAUCGUGAAAGACUUCCCCGCCAUCAAACAUCCGGGUAUCGAACCCGACCUGGGCUCACUCGUCCUCCAUCUCCGGGACGAAAAGUUUUUCAAGAAUCCGACCUAUGUUGAUCUUCGGCAGGGUGUGCAGCCAGUCGGGAAGGCUUGGCUCGAAAAAUAUAUGUGUAACGGAGACGGAGAGAAGCAUCUUGACGUGGUCUCCUUCGAGAAGCUUCAGGCCUAUGCUGAGGAGAGGUCAAAGAUGCAGUCAGACCCUGUACCAAGGUUGAGGCGCCAGGGUCCCGCUGUCGACGAUCAGGAAUGAUGCGCUCAGGGGUAAGGGAAGGUGCUACCCUUGAUACACCCGCAAGAAUAGGCCUACAUUACCGAUACACCGUUCUCUGUCUGCGGGGUUGAGGUCGUCGCAUUCGCGGUUCCUUGGUUGACGCCGGAGGUCCU